AUGGGGCAUCGCGUGCUCGCGGCGCUGCUUGUGCUGCAUGCUGCUGCGCUCUAUUUGUUCACUACAGGCUUCUUUCUCACCCGCUUCGAAGUGUCGGAUCUCAGCAGUUGCCAAGCGUCUCCAUCAGAUAUCAACGCUGUGCCAACGCACCUCCGUGGCGGUCAUGAAGAAGACCUUCCCAGCUCCGACGACGGUGCGUCCGAAGGUUGCUGGAUGCCUCGACGCUUCCGCCGCGUUGUUUUCGUGGUGAUUGACGCGCUGCGAUUCGACUUUGCAGCCACCGGUUCAAGCGCUCAACAGUCGUCGUUUUAUAGCGAUCGACUACCGAUUCUUAAUGAAACUUUGAUCAGUGAACCGGAGCAUGCGUUGCUGCUGAAGUUUGUGGCCGACCCACCCACGAUGACCAUGCAACGAUUAAAGGGCUUAACUACUGGAUCGCUGCCGACUUUCUUGGAUAUUAAGGACAAUAUGGCAGCUAGCAGUCAGAUUGUGGAGGACAAUUUGCUGCGUCAACUGCGUGCUCAGCAACGCGGCGUGGUGUUCAUGGGAGAUGACACGUGGGACUCGCUGUACGCUCGGGAGUUCACGAGGAAAUUUGCUUUCGACUCGUUCAAUGUCAAGGAUUUGCACUCGGUGGAUCGUGGAGUGACGAAGCACCUAUUUCCUGAGCUGCAGAAGCCGGACUGGGACUUGUUGAUCGCGCACUUCUUAGGAGUCGAUCAUGUCGGACAUACACAUGGACCCAGCUCUGUCUUUAUGGCUGAAAAACUGGAUGAGAUGAAUGGUGUUUUAAAGAAGUUGUUGCAGACGCUGAAAGAAAUGCCUGAUGGGGAUGACGUGCUGUUGGCUGUGCUGGGAGACCACGGCAUGUCGGCUGACGGUAACCAUGGUGGCGCUAGUGAUGAGGAGACUGGUGCCGCGUUGUUCCUAUACAGCAAGGCAGCACUUGUUGCUACUGGAAGGGAAGAUGAUAGCGAAGACGCAAAGGAGAUGAAGAAAUAUGCUGAGAGAAUACUUGACAGUUCACGAGAAGUGCCGCAAGUGGACUUAGUUCCCACACUAGCGCUGCUAAGCGGUUUACCUAUUCCGUUUGGUAACCUGGGGAGUGUGAUUCCGUCGCUGUUUUUCGUACCUCCAACAUCAACUGAGAGGGGCGGAAGCAGCGCGUUAUCCGCGUUCCAGUCGCUGAAUCGGGCUCUACGACUAAACCUUGAUCAGGUGCGGCGUUAUCUUUUCAGAUACUCGUCCGCUUCCAAGCUGCCUGAGCGAGCGUACGAUCAGCUCGAGCGAAUCUUUGUGGAUAUCAAGCGUAUUGAAGACCAACUUGAACAGGUACAAGAAGGUGACACAUUCUCGAAGGCAGACCUUCCGCUGUUGUUGCGACUCCACGAAGACUUGGCUAAGCAACAGCACCAUUAUCUGCGCGAAGCGUUGUCAUUGGGACGCUCCAUUUGGACACAAUUUGACUUGUGCAGCAUGGGCUGGGGGAUGGUGCUUCUCGCGUGGUCGUUCUUUAUCGGCGCUACAUCCACUAGACUUGUAAGUGCUUCAGGUGAAGGCAACUCAUGGAGCCCUCCGCUAAGCGUUGUCGUGCUUGUCGGAGGCUUGCUCUUCUUUUGUCCAGCAGGUAUAAAUCUACCACUCCUCCCCGCAGCUCCACUUUCGCGAGGACUGGUAGCAGCUUCUUGUGCCGGUCUGAUUGACAUGACUUGGUACCUUUUGGCUCGAAGACAAAUCAGAGCUACCAGGAGUAUUCGCAGUCCAGCAACAAGUGGAAGAACACUGUUUUCUUCUGUUUCAGCGGCGGGGGUGGUAGCUGCUCUUAUUGUGAUACUUCAUGCGUUAGCUCUGCUCUCCAACAGCUACAUCGUAGCCGAGGGCAACGUUAUGCAAUUCCUGUCGGCGACGACUGGGUUCUUCUUGCUCACAUGUGCGCAGCGCUUAACUGAUCACCGAAGUGCUGCCACGGGUGCUGCGCUAGCUUUCAUUUUUGCAACACGACUGAGCAGCGCACUGGAACCACCCAAUAUUAUCAAGGCGACUGCGACGUUGGGAAGAACUUUUGCUCCGUUGACUGCGAUAGCAGUACUCGCUGUUGGAUCUUCCGUUCAAACGGUCAAGUACACCGGACACAAGCUGUCCCUGAUGAGCCGACUAAUCCUCGUAUCGUCGACGGCGAGCUAUUUGGUGUGCGCGAUCUUUUGGGCUGCUUCGCCCAUACAAGUGUCCUUCUGGAGGAUGUGGCUACCGCGCAUCGUUUACUUGAUCUUCCUGGGAACGCUGGUUUGUCUUCUGGUGCGCGUACUUCGACAACCAAAGUACCAAAGUGGCAACGAACUCUCAAGGCAUGAACAUCUUCUCUUGCUCUGGCAGCUCGUUCCAGCGUUUAUGUUAGUGCUUGGGCCUACAUCACCGCUGUCAGUGCUGUGUCUCGUGGCACAAUGUCUGAGCUUCUCGUUUAUUGUCACGUGUUGCCGAUCCGCUUCUCCGACAACAUUCGGAGACAUCACGCCCUGGGUGUUGCUCUGGGCAUCAUGUUCCUACCAAGCGUUCUUCACAAGUGGACACGCCAACACAUUCACGAGUUUGCAGAACGCAGCGGGCUUUGUGGGGUUCGACACCUUCAAUUUCUACAUCGCGGGAGCUUUGCUUGGUCUCAAUACUUUCGGUUGCUUCGCGUUGGCUGUACUGGCGCUGCCUUGGCUAAACUGGAGGCAGCACCAACCCCAGUCGAGUGGAGUCAAUACGCUUCUCGCAUUCCCGGCCUAUUUCUCGCUUAACGCAUUAGUGUCAACACUAUUUGUCGCGCUACAGCGAAGGCAUCUGAUGGUUUGGGCCAUCUUCGCCCCCAAGUUCAUCUUCGACGGAGUAGUGUUGCUGGUCACAGAGUCUCUGCUGCUUCUACUGCUUGCACCGUUUUCAAAUCAGGAGUCGAUCAAGUCGCAUAGAUUAGAGUAA